UUGCCAUCUGCGUGCUCGCGUGUGCUAGUGUGACAGCGGCUGUCGCUGUGGUCCUGGCCGUGGGAGGCGGGCUCGGCGGAGCCCAGCCGCGCGGGGACCGGCCCGGGCGCCCGGUCUCCCAGAGCGUCGCGACCGCGUGGCCCGGCCGAACCCAGAGACCACCACCCCAUUUGAGCGUAGUCGCGAUGUCGAUAACCGGGCUGAAGAAGCAGUUCCACAAAGCCAGCCAGCUCUUUAGUGAAAAAAUAAGUGGUGUUGAAGGAACGAAGCUAGAUGAUGAAUUUCUUGAAAUGGAAAAGAAAAUAGAUAUUACCAAUAAAGCUGUUGCAGAAAUUCUUUCAAAAACUACAGAAUAUCUUCAGCCAAAUCCAGCAUACAGAGCUAAGCUGGGAAUGCUCAACACUAUGUCGAAGAUCCGAGGACAGGUGAAAACCACCGGGUACCCACAGACGGAAGGCUUGCUGGGCGAUUGUAUGCUGAAAUAUGGGAAGGAACUUGGGGAACAGUCCACAUUUGGCAGUGCACUGAUAGAAGUUGGUGAAUCCAUGAAACUAAUGGCUGAGGUGAAAGACUCCCUUGAUAUUAAUGUAAAGCAAACUUUUAUUGAUCCACUUCAGUUAUUACAAGACAAAGAUUUAAAAGAGAUUGGGCACCACCUGAAAAAGCUGGAAGGCCGCCGCCUGGAUUACGAUUAUAAAAAGAAGCGAGUAGGUAAGAUACCAGAUGAAGAAGUCAGACAAGCGGUAGAAAAAUUUGAAGAGUCAAAGGAGUUGGCUGAAAGAAGCAUGUUUAAUUUUUUAGAAAAUGAUGUAGAACAAGUCAGCCAGUUGGCCGUGUUUAUAGAGGCAGCAUUAGACUAUCACAGACAGUCCACAGAGAUUCUGCAGGAGCUACAAAGCAAGCUACAGACACGAAUAUCAGCUGCAUCAGAGAUCCCCAAGCGAGAAUACCAGGCAAGGCCCAUAAAAAGGAGUUCUAGUGAGCACAAUGGGAUUUCUGCCACUUCUUCAACAAAGACAACAGGUCCUAACAUCCCCAUGGACCAACCCUGUUGUCGUGGUCUCUAUGACUUUGAGCCAGAAAACCAAGGAGAACUAGGAUUUAAAGAAGGGGACAUCAUUACAUUGACCAAUCAAAUAGAUGAAAAUUGGUAUGAAGGAAUGAUACACGGGGAAUCGGGAUUCUUCCCCAUUAAUUACGUUGAAGUGAUCGUGCCUUUACCUCAGUAAAUGUGUAACUCAAACUUUGGACAUACUUUCAUAACUGAAAUGAAUUCACACCAAUGCUCUCAAUGUGGUGUUCUGUGACAUCCUUGCUCUUUGAUCAACUUAAGAACUUUUGUAUGUGUGUUGUUUUUUUAAUGUAUUUUGUAUCACUUUAAUUUGUAUAAAUGACUUUCUUGUCUUAGCUGCAAUAUAUAUAUAUAUAUAUAUAUAUAUGUAUAUAUACAGUUUUCUUUUUUGCUUAUUGUCCUAAAUGUAUGUGCUUCUUGUUGCUAAAAACAAACAGUACCCAUUGGAGUUAUAGCAACAAACUGUCUAUAUUCCUCAGGUGCAGUGGUUUUAAAAGGCAACAUUUGAAACUAAGAAAUGCUACAUGUUUUGUUUCUUGACAUUACUGAUGGCCUCCAUUUUUUUCCUUCAGCGUGUUUUAGCUUACCUUUGAUUAGCCCAAUAAAUAUGACACACUGUAUUG